UUAUCCCCAUAAAGGACUUCACCACAGUUUUUUUACUGGAUAUACUGAGCAGCUAAGCGUUUAAAGAAAAUGGCUGUAAAUAUAGACGAAUACGAUUCCCAGCUUCAAAGUGUAGAGCAAUGCUUACAGAACACCAAAAACGAGGAAGAGCGGAUUGCAUUAGCCAGUCUUAAGACAGAUCUUUUAGAACUUAUUGAAUUAACGAAGGAAACGCAUGAAAAGGAAGCGUUACAGAAUGAAGAUAGAUGUGUUCUCAAUGAAGAAUUGGAGAAAUUUAACAGCGAAAUAGCACAAUUGAGUAAUGAUGAUACAGCCGGCAAGAUCACGCAAGACUGUAGUGAAGAUGUGAAAAAAUUUCCAGAACUCGAGUUCGAACUAGAAAACAUUAUCGGCCAAAAGUGUUCUGCACCCCACCAACAUUCCUGGGGCGCAACAAGUUACCAUAACGCGAUAGUAUGUUCAAUUGAGGUUACUGCCCAUACGGCUCGCUUGCGUAUACUCUUCACCAAUCCAACUCAUCGCGAGAUGUUGCCUUGCUUGUUUUUCCUCGAAGGGGAGUGUCGAUUCGAUGAUAUGCAUUGCCACUACUCCCACGGCGAGCUUGUAGAUGUAGAUCAGUUAGGAAACUACACUGAACCAGAUUUUACUCGCCUUGCACGUAAUUGCGUUGUACUUGCGAAAUUACCUGACCGCCUUUGGCAUCGAGGUCGAGUUCUUUGCGCUAAUUUUAUAGAAAAGAUAUGUCGUGUUCGACUCGAUAGAAAAGAUGAAAAUAAACGGGAACGUGACUUUUCGUUUGAAGAUUUACUCCCAAUAUUCCAUGAUGAUGAUCUAUCUAGCGGAAGCUCGAGUGGUUCUGAUGACGAAGUAAUAAACUCGGAAGGUAGUGAAUAUAUGAAAAUUUCUAAGCGAACACAAUUAACGGAGCAGAGCUUAUUUGAAUUUAAGACUGCAGAGCCCCUAGGAGAGUGGGAAAAGCAUACGCGGGGUAUAGGAUCAAAAAUAAUGGCAAAAAUGGGCUAUAUCCAUGGGAAAGGAUUAGGUUCAGAUGGAGAUGGCAUUAUCAUCCCCGUGACAGCGAAAAUUUUGCCGCAAGGAUGCUCUCUCGAUCGCUGUAUGGAGUUGCGUGAAGCAGCUAACGGUGAUAAGGAUUUCUUUAGUGUAGAGAAAAAAGUGCGACUUCAAAAGAAAAGGCAAGUCAAUUACAAUACAAAGGCGUAUGAGCGCGAGGCUCAACGAAAAGAUGUAUUCACAUUCAUAAACGAUAAGAUAUUGCGAGGAGGUUUUGAUCUGAAAGACACACAGAAAAAAACCUCUCUAAGCAGCGAGACCACAAAAUCUUUGAAUGUGGCCAGCGUGCGUAUUGCUGAUGAUAUACGACGGAAGGAGAGGGAAAUUACAAAGUUACGACAAUCAAUGAGUAGAAAUACCAGCAGCUCAGACCUUCACAAACGAUCAAAACAGCAAUUGAAAAUAAAAAUGCAGGAAUUGACAGCUUUACGAAAAGAGGAAACUAACCUUUCCCAAGAGCAAGCAUCAAGAAAAACAAAAGAUAAAUUAUGUGUAUUUUAGUCAUAUAUGUAAUACAGUAAUACUUCUAUAGCGGCUGUACGUUGAAAGCACAUCCGCCAACAUUAGAGGUCAGAUAUAUAAUGUUAUACCGAGAAAAGCAACCAGCCAAUGUACUCAGAAUGACGUUUUAAAACAAUAAAAAAUCAGGAGCGGUGCAGUAACCGUCAAUAUUUUACAAAAUUAAA